AUGUCUCUCCACGGUAUGAAAACUGCAAAGGCAGUGUUUCAGACCAUAAUUCGUCCCAAAACUAUUAACUUUGUGAGUCGUGCGCUUCCACAGGGUUUCAAGCCCCAGUCGCUCUUAGUAGUCACGACCCCGCAAAACACGCCUGGGCUCCUCAACGCAGCGCUCAAAUUGCACCAGACCCAUCCUGAAAUACAAAUUGUGGCUGCAUCUUGUGACUCCAUUGCACCAAAUUUCACCAGAAACGGAAUCGCAGCCGUGUGGUUCGAUCAGUAUAUGACUAUUGCGGACUCCAUCCGCUUAGAAACAAAGGACGAUUUACACACACCGCCGAAGGAAAGCGACGGCUUGAACCCGGUCAGUGCCAAGAAGCACUGGAAACUUAUCGAAUCCAGCUUCACAAUUACCGUCCCGUUUACCGAUGCGAAGUCCUACACACUCAGUUUGCCGUUAGCCAACACCGUCUUCCAUGACUCCCACCUCCUCACCCUCUUCUACUUGCAGCCAGAGUCACUCCAAACCAGAUUGGAGGAUUCUGGUCACAUAUUGGCGGAUCUCUCUGUUACUUUACCUGUGUUGGAAACCACUGCCUCCCACGGCUUCACGGCCAGCGAUAACCUCGAGCCGUUGUACACUUUGGAAGAUAAGUUGAUUAUCACAGACUGCAAUACCAACUUGAUCAAAACCAUUAACAGAAAAUCCGCGUCGGCAUACUUGGAAAGCUGUGAAAAGUUGAUGAACUUGGCCUCAAAGGAAACCGAAGUCUAUGUGCGUAUUCACGACCUGGAAACCGCCGGAGACGGAAACCACCUACAGUAUAAGGUCAUCGCCGGGGGCGGGGGCUGGGGGGCCAAAGCCAACAUUCUUGCAAUCCUGCCAGAAGCCCGCUUGAAGGAAGGCCAGCAGGUGGAGUUUCUCAUGUUAAAGCCGGAAACGCGGUACAAGAAGCCUACGAGUAAAAUUGUCGACCACCAAAGCUACAUCAACCAGUUUGCGCUUGAGUGCAGCUUCGAAGAGACCGGAUAUUGCGCUGCCGAUGAGGAGGGAAACGAGAUUUUCUUAGACGGUGUGUUUGGGUGUGGCUCCGAAUUGGGGUACAAGAUCAAUGGUGUCAGUCACAACUCAGCUGGACAACUUACCAUUAUGAAUGUUUAA